CUCGCAGGGUGCAGUAAUUCAGAGACACAGUGUGGAAGCUGUUACAUGAAUACAGACUGCAGGAAGAGCAACAUGCUCAGGUUACUUCAUCACUGCUUGAUAGCCGUGUGCUUGGCUGGGUCCUUGAUGCUCCUGCCACUCUGUUGUGGUGGACUUAAAAUCUCAGAGUAUGAAUAUGAUUCUACUCCUUUACCAGAUUAUGACUACAAUGCCACAUUUGACUACAGUUUCUUCAGCAACAGCAGCAAUGAAGCCCUGGAGUACUUUAUCAGGGAGAAGGAAUCUGAAGAUGAAAAUGGGGGAUUGGAUAGAAGCCAAACAGAUCAAGUGGUGCCCACUCAGGCAAACAAGGAAUUCAUAUGAAAAGGAUAGCAGGAGGAUUGUGAGGGUCAACUAAGCUUUUCAGAUGAAACUUGCCAAAUACUUGUCUGUUGAACUUUGAGUUAGUGCUGAAAUGAGUUCCCAAUGAGCCAAGUAAUGUGGUCAGUGUUUGAAAUGCAUACUCAGCCCUUUUAUGUGACAUGGUUUUAUGUGUCAUGGUGAAUCAACCACAGAAAAAAAAAAAAAGUUGUGAAAUAUUUUGACAUUUGCAGAGUGCCUGGGUAAGCUCAGACAUAUUCUCAUAUAUCUCCUAAUAUGUAUGCCUGUAGAGAGCAAUAAAAUGUAAUUACAGCAAUAAAUAUAGUAACAAAUCACAUCAAAAUGUUAUAUGUUCUUGUUAUCUUGCUAUUUUUUUUUUUUCAGAUUGUGUUGGAGUGUCCGCACAGAUACUACUGACUUGUACUGAAAAGCCAUGUAAACAGAUGGCUCUUAUUAGUGUAGCACGACAGUAUCUUAAUCCCCCCACCAGCUUUAUAGCCACAUUUAGGCUGGGAAAAUAAACAACAACUCUGAAUUAUGACAGUGGGUUGAUCAGUUCUCAAAUAUCACAAGAUUUAUUUCCCUUAGCAUCCACCUCAUAUUUUUUAGUUUGGGAAUCUAAACAAAUGUCUCUGGACUAAGGUUGGGGGGGGGGAAAAAAGACCCUAAAGGUAAUUCCAUGUUAAAACUCUACAGGGCAAAUUCCUAGCAUGUUGCAGUCACCAUAAAGGUCAGAAUAGCACGCUGUGAGGGUCACAUUCCUAUUACAUUAUAUGAUUAUUAUCAUCAUUGGCCUGAUGAUAGCCAUUCUAAGUCUACCCUAUAGAGUCACUUUUGGAACAACAAUCUGGACAAACAACUCACCCUGAAAGUAGUAACUUUUGCCAGUCAUAGCCUUCUCCAUGUACUUCAGCCAGCAUGUAGAGGAGUACAGGAUAAUGACACGUAAAAAUGGUUGUACUAAUCUUGUUCGCCAAAGCAAACAACUCCUCUAUUUGCUGUCAGACACCAAAUGCUUUCAGAUCUCUGCAUUAAGUCAUAAAGAUUUAAUGGAUUGCUUUGUGCCUGCUAUGCAGAGCAGCACUUUAUCAGCAGCAGCAUUUUUGGACAAUCCUUCAUUCUUCCUUUAGAUGGAUUCAAGAUGUCUCACAUCUAAAAUAUAUAACUAAAUAUAUGCACCAAAUACAUUUUGAGCAUCUAAAUACAAUGUAUAAAGAUUUCAGCACUGAUCACAAGGAUAUCCAGAGUUACACUGAAGCUUGAUGAUAGCAGUAAGUACACACAGAUUUUGGUAAGCUCUGUUAUCUGUAAGUACCAUGUAAAUGACACCUGUCUCCUGUAGUAUCACAAAACUCUCUGGAAAGGAAAAAGCCUGUGAUUAGUAAUUUUGGGUUUUGUUUGUUUAAACAAGGGAUCCUUUUAACCUAAGAAGCAGGACAGUUUGCUUUUUAAAUCAAUGUGUUCAUUAUGUUUUUAUCUAUCAAGGUUACAGUGCGUCCGGAAAGUAUUCACAGCGCUUCACUUUUUCCACAUUUUGUUAUGUUACAGCCUUAUUCCAAAAUGGAUUAAAUUCAUUAUUUUCCACAAAAUUCUACAAACAAUACCCUAUAAUGACAAUGUGAAAGAAGUUUGUUUGAAAUCUUUUC